AUUGCUUUGCGGCCGGCAAGGAAAUCACUCUCCUUUCGGCUUCCGCUCUUGGUCCAUGUGAGGGAUAGCCCGGCUGCUGGGAUGAAGGCGACUAAGGCUGCUAAAGGCCUUCUGGCUUUUAGCCAGCAGGAAGAUCUUGUGGAUUUGCCAGACAAUUUCCCCUUGAGUGGCAGUGAAGAUGAGGGGGACGGUGAUGGAGAAAGAAAACAUCAAAAGCUUCUGGAAGCCAUCAGUUCCCUUAAUGGAAAGAAUAGAUGGAAAAUACCUGAGCGAUCUGAGGCUAGUCUGAAGUUGUCAGAGUUUAAUGUUAGCUCUGAAGGAUCAGGAGAAAAGGUGGUCCUUGCAGAUCUGCUAGGACCUGUGAAAACCUCAACUUCAUUGGCUGUGGUGAAAAAGCAGCUGAAUAGAGUCAAAUCAAAGAAGACUGUGGAAUUACCCCUUAACAAAAAAGAGGUUGAACAGAUCAACAGAGAAGUAGCAUUCAGUAAAACCACACAAACCCUCUCCAAAUGGGAUCCUAUUGUUCUGAAGAACCGGCAAGCAAAGCAACUGGUUUUUCCCAUAGAGAAGGAGCCUUCCACCAUUGCUCCCAUUGAACAUAUGUUCAGUAACUGGAAGGCAAGAACCCCCCUGGAGCAGGAAGUUUUCAACCUCCUUCAUAAGAACAAGCAACCAGUGACAGACCCUUUACUAACUCCUAUGGAAAAAGCCUCCCUCAAGGCUAUGAGCCUGGAAGAGGCUAAGCUACGCCGAGCAGAACUUCAGCGGGCCCGAGCUCUGCAAUCCUACUAUGAGGCCAGAGCUCGAAGAGAGAAGAAAAUCAAAAGUAAAAAAUACCACAAAAUUGUGAAGAAAGGGAAGUCCAAAAAGGCCCUAAAAGACUUUGAGCUCCUACGGAAGGUCGAUCCUAAUGCCGCUUUGGAAGAACUGGAAAAAAUUGAAAAGGCCAGAAUGAUGGAGCGAAUGAGUCUUAAGCACCAAAACAGUGGAAAAUGGGCCAAGUCAAAGGCAAUUAUGGCUAAAUAUGACCUGGAGGCCCGUCAAGCUAUGCAAGAACAGUUGGCUAAGAACAAAGAGCUGACUCAGAAACUCCAGGUUGUCCAAGAGAGUGAGGAAGAGGAGGUAGGGGCUGAAGAGGAAGAGCCCCUUGUCCCUGACGUAGUGAAUGAAGUACAGAUGAGUGUUGAUGGACCAAAUCCCUGGAUGCGCAGGAGCUGCAACAGUAAUGCAAAAGAGGAUGAAAUCCAGGCAGACCCGGACCCUGGACAACCACUUGAGCUGGUGACCAAUGAGCUUUCUGAAAGUGAGGAAGAUGCAAAACCAAUGGCAGAGGAAGAAAUUUUGUUGAAAGAAUUUGAGGAAAGACGAACCCUUAGAAAAAGAUCUGAGCACAACCACAGUGCCAAGCCAGUGGGCAGCCAGGAAGAAACAGAUUCUAACAGCCAGGAAGUAUUAUCUGAAUUGAAGGUAUUAUCUCAGAAACUCAACAAAGAAAAUCAUCAAACCAAGAAACAAAAGAAGCAUUCCACAGAGACUGUUUGUGGAGUUCAGCGAGGGGAACCUAUCCCUGAGGAAGAGGAGCCUCUACUGCUGCAGAGGCCAAAGAGAGCACAAACUCUGGAAGAACUAGAAGAGCUGGGCAGAGAAGAAUGUUCUGAACAUACGGAGUUUCCCAGACCUGCAUUAGAAGAUCAGAUGGAGAGAAACCCACAGAAUCAGCCUAAGGGGAAAAAGAAGAAGGAGGAGCAAAUGAUCAAUCUACAGAACCUCCUAACUACAAAAUCUCCUUCUGUGAGGUCCUUGGCAGUGCCCACAACAAUAGAGGAGUUGGAAGAUGAGGUGGAAAGAGACCAAAGGCAAAUGAUAAAGGAAGCUUUUGCUGGAGACGAUGUCAUCAAAGAGUUCUUAAAAGAGAAAAGGGCGGCUGUAGAAGCAAAUAAGCCAAAGGAUGUGGACUUGACACUGCCUGGCUGGGGCGAGUGGGGUGGGAUGGGCCUAAAGCCCAGCGCCAAGAAAAGACGCCGAUUUCUUAUUAAAGCCCCUGAAGGUCCUCCAAGAAAAGACAAGAACUUGCCAAAUGUGAUUAUCAAUGAGAAGCGCAACAUCCAUGCAGCAGCUCAUCAGGUUCGGGUGCUUCCAUAUCCAUUCACCCACCAUCAGCAAUUUGAAAGGACCAUCCAGAACCCUAUAGGGUCCACAUGGAACACUCAGAGAGCCUUCCAGAAGCUGACUACUCCCAAGGUUGUCACCAAGCCAGGCCAUAUCAUCAAGCCCAUAAGAGCAGAGAAUGUGGGCUACCGUUCUUCUUCAAGGUCUGACCUCUCAGUCAUGCAGAGCGGUCAAAAAGGACUCUCCAAACAUCACCAAAAGAAGCUGAAGAAAACCUCUGUAGAUUGAGUUGUCAGAGGACUGACAUGUGGUUGCUCUGGGCUGUGGAGUCAGUUCCAAAACAAGCUUAGCACACUGUGGAGUUAAGCCACAUUUUAGAAAUAAAGUCAUUUGUUCUGUUUAA